CGGAGCCUGGCCUGAGCCCAGAGUUAAAAGAAGUGAGGCUGGGAAAGAGGUUUUCUAGUCUCUAAGUUGCACCGAAGUAAAAAUCUAGGCUUAUUAUUUCAACUUCCUACCAAAAAAACACGUAUUUACCAUUGAGUAUAUCACUAAUCUUUCCCCCACCCAAGGGUUUUUGAGAAGCUUUACUCAAGUUUACAACGCAGCAGGGCAAAUAUUUGCAUUCAGCCAACUAUUUUUAUACACUCAGGAUGCGUAAGACAGUUAGCAUUAGCAGGAGUGUUAGCUGGCGGCGUGUUGACUAACAAGCGGCAGAAGGGAGACAUUUGGGUUAAUUUUUUCUUUGUUUGACCGAUUAGCAUUGACAUGUAGAAGGUGUCAUAAAAUCAACACGAUGCCUGUGAUCCUGUUUCUGAUAGACACGUCCGCCUCUAUGAACCAGCGCACCCAUUUGGGCACUACCUAUCUGGACAUUGCUAAGGGUGCUGUUGAGACUUUCCUUAAGCUCAGGAGUAGGGACCCGGCUAGCAGAGGAGACCGAUACAUGCUAGUUUCCUUUGAGGAAGCUCCUGUGGGGAUAAAGGCUGGGUGGAAAGAGAGUCAUGCUACCUUCAUGACUGAACUGAGGAACCUGAAAGCUCUUGGUUUAACGACAUUUGGCCAGUCUUUAAGGACUGCUUUUGAUUUGCUCAACCUGAACAGAUUAGUUUCAGGGAUAGACAACUAUGGGCAGGGAAGAAAUCCGUUUUUUCUGGAGCCUGCCAUCAUAGUGGCGAUUACUGACGGAAGCAAACUGACCAGCAUGUCAGGAGUGCAGGAAGAAUUGCAUUUACCCCUGAUGACUCCAUUGCCAGGCAGUGAGUUGACAAAGGAACCGUUCCGCUGGGACCAGCGCCUUUUUUCCUUGGUGCUCCGCAUUUCAGGCCAUGCCUCCUUGGAGCCUGAACAGGUGGGCGGUGUCCCAGCCGAUCCCUCCCCUGUCACGCCCAUGUGUGAGGUGACAGGAGGUCGCUCGUACAGUGUGUUUUCACAGCGCAUGUUAAACCAGUGCCUGGAGUCUCUGGUGCAGAAAAUCCAUAGUGGAGUCGUGCUAAACUUUGAGAAGACAGGACCCGACUCUCCUGAAGAUGGUCUGUCAGAAGCCAAAUCCGGCCACCAGCCAUGGCACAGUUCCCAUAAGCUCAUUUAUGUGCGCCCCAAUCCCAAAACAGGAGUUCCUGUUGGCCACUGGCCCAUUCCUGAGUCCUUCUGGCCUGACCAGAACUCCCCCACUCUGCCACCACGAAUGGCCCAUCCACAGGUGCAGUUUUCCUGCUUUGAGGCAGAGCCCAUAGUUAUUGAUAAAGUCCCAUUUGAUAAAUACGAGUUGGAGCCGUCUCCUCUAACACGCUACAUUUUGGAGAGAAAGUCACCACACACCUGCUGGCAGGUUUAUGUAAGUAACAGUGCCAAGUAUGGUGAGCUUGGGCACCCUUUCGGCUACCUGAAGGCAAGUACAGGGCUCAACUGUGUCAAUCUUUUCAUCAUGCCCUAUAACUACCCUGUGCUUCUGCCACUCCUCGAUGACUUGAUUCGAAUUCACAAAUUCAAGCCCACUCCAAAAUGGCGUCAGUCCUUCGAGAGCUACCUGAAGACCAUGCCACUAUACUACAUCACUCCCCUGAGGAAGGCACUGAGGAUGAUGGGAGCACCAACCCUGCUGGCCGAAAGCAUGGAGUAUGGCCUUAGCUACAGUGUUACAUCAUACUUGAAGAAACUUAGCCAGCAGGCGAAGGUAGAGGCAGACCGUGUGUGUGCAUUAGUGGGGAAGAAGGCUGGGCCUGAUAUGGGGAUCAAGCUCCGUCUUCGAGGCUCUGCCCUCUCAUUAGCUCACAGAAAGGACUUUGCACAGCUGCUGCAAGGCAUCAUGGGAGAUGGGCUGCUUGAAAUCAAUCCCAAAGAGUUUUCAGGGUUCCAGCUGGCUGUCCUCAACAAGGCCAUGAAACCACAGGGCCUGCGGAACCCAUAUGACAUACCCAGGAUUCAGCUGCUGGACCAGCUGAGCCGCAUGAGGAGAAAUUUUCUAAAUGCAAGGACAUGUGUGCUGAAAAGCCAAGAUGAAGAUCAGCUACAUUGCGUGCCCAUAGCACAAAUGGGCAAUUAUCAGGACUUCCUGAAACUGGGCCCUGCCCCCUUGAGAGAAGCUGACCCAGACCAGCCCAAGAGACUGCACACCUUUGGAAACCCCUUUAAACUCGACAAGAAGGCAAUGAUGGUGGAUGAAGCAGACGAGUUUGUUACUGGGACUCAGGGAAAAGGCAAGCGACCCAUCGAUACCAGCACACCGACUGGUGCUCCUAAAAGGAAAAGGUGCAUGUCGCCAAUACUGCGCCUGGGACGUGCAUACACCCCUCCCAACAAGACUCCACCAAAAGCACCAGAUGCCAACCAUGUGGGCCACCUCGAAUUCGAGCAAGCCCCAGUUCUCAACUACAUGGGCCAUCUAGAUUCGGAACAGGUUACUUAUUCCAACCAUAUAGGCCAAGCCGAAUUCGAACGGGUCCCUAACUCCAAUCACAUGGGCUGCCUUGAUUUGGAACAGUCCCAGGAACUGCCCCCCAUUCCCCCUAAUCUCCAUGAAAAUCACCUAGAGGAGGACGUGGAGGGUGAGCUGGAGAAUGGACGAGGCAAUGGAGAGGGAAAGGAAGUGAAGAGGAGGAGGAAUGAGGAGGAUCAGUGCGAACUGAACGCAGAGCUCCACGUCCUCAUCACCAGAGAGAUCCGAAAGCCGGGUCGGCGUUACGAGAGAAUCUUCUAUCUUCUGAAGCAGAUUCAGGGCAGUCUGGAAACAAAACUUGUCUUUCUGCAGAACAUCAUUAAAGAGGCAGCGAGAUUUAAAAAGCGAGUACUGAUAGAACAACUAGAGAUCUUCCUGGAAGAAAUCCAUUCUCGAGUGAACAGCAUGAACCAUGUGGACAGUUACUGAUCUAAGACAAUCACAGAGAGAGCACUUCCGCAUAAUCACAUCUCAGGGCUAAAGAAAAGAUCCUACACCUCAUAUUUAUCUUUCCUGGUCUGUUCUAAUCCUGUUUUAUGCCAAAGAUGAAUAUAUUUAUCAAAUGCAUUGCCCAUUGAUUUGGACACUGUGUUUGCAUGAGUAUUGGCUCUUAAUUGUCUUUACAAUUUAAGAAAAAAGUUAUACAAAAUAUAAACUUCUCUCCUGGAUUUUUUUUUUCUUUCAAAGAACAAGAAUCUAAUUUAUUUAACAGCAUUUUAGCAAAAUGUAAAUUUUUGGGGGAAAGUCAUUUUGUAUCUUGUUCAUCUUAUUUUCACCCAGUUCGCCCACCUGAUUCUUGAUGGGGACCAAACACUCCAGCUUUGGCUCAAACUGUUUUGUACAAAUGUACUGAAAUUUAAAAUAUUAUUUAAAUGCAAUUAAUACUGUGAAUAGCUAUUCAGAAUAAACAUUAUUUUGAAAUAAA